CCCGUUGCUCCCAUAUCGAAAACUCGCAGCACCCUCCGCUUAUGUUAUAAAUUUCUAGCAGACUACGAUUCUAUUUUGCCGGGUUUCCACAAUGGGCUCCACUGUUCGGACCGUGACGGACUAUCUAGGCGCAGUCGCGUGUUCAUGAAAUUCUCAGGGCUGUAUAAUAGCUCCAUCUUGAGAUUUGGCCACCUGGUCUUCCUUCAGCAUCACGUUUUUCAUGUUUCGAGCAUUGUCAAGCAUUGUCAAGCCAUGGAUAAUCACACCACCUACCAUAAUCCCAUCAUUCCAGGAUUCGCGCCAGAUCCGUCCAUUGUCCUCGUCGAUGGCAUAUUCUAUCUCGUGACAUCUUCUUUCCACGUCUUUCCUGGCCUUCCGAUUUACGCAUCUCGAGACCUCCAGAAUUGGACGCAUGUUGGAAACGCUCUUAACCGCCCCGAGCAGAUGAGUCUGCGACGGUCCAGCACCAAUCAUGUUCCUCUCGACACAGGUUUCUCGAUGGUAGCUUCUGGUGGCCUCUUCGCGGCGACCAUCCGGUAUUGGCGAGGAAAGUUUUACAUCAUCUGCACCAACGCCGCGAUUGAUAUCGAAGACAUAUCCUCAUCUAGCCUUGACAACUUCAUCAUUUCCACUACAGACAUCUGGACCGGCGACUGGAGCGAUCCUGUUUACAUUCCAUUCAUGGGCAUUGAUCCCAGCUUGUAUUUUGACGACGAUGGUAGGGCGUAUGUACAGGGCUGCUAUAUGCUACAACAUGGAAAGCAGCCGACAUGCACAAUCAAGCAGUUUGAGGUCGAUGUCGAGACGGGCGAGGCAUUGUCAGAGACGAGAGAGAUUUGGGGGGGCUACGCGAAAUACGAUACCGAGGGUCCGCACAUCUACAAACGGGGGAAGUGGUACUAUCUGCUGGCUGCGGAGGGCGGUACAUUUGAGCACCAUAUGCUCUCCAUCUCGCGGUCGGAGAACGUAUGGGGCCCGUAUGAGACUGCGCCAUGCAAUCCGAUUCUGACCGCCGAUGGCACCGACGAAUAUAUCCAGAACACUGGACAUGGCGAGCUCUUCCAAGAUAGUCAUGGACUAUGGUGGGCCGUACUCCUCGCUGUACGCAACGAACCAACUUGCCAGCCUCUAGGACGGGAAACAUUCCUCGCGCCCGUCGACUGGCCAGAAGACGGAUGGCCCAAAGUCCAGCAGCCGAAGAUGAAGUUCCGCGCGCCCGUAGUUGACGCAGGCUCAGAAGCCACAAUGGCCUGGCCAGCUCCAAUUCCGGCAAGACUCGCAGAUCUCUACAUUUCCGAGCCCGAACUGCGCAGGUACAAACUCCCUUCCUCCGAACAGGGUCCGUUCAGCCUGGUCCCCAGCCUCGAAAAUAUGGCCGACCGCUACGGCACCAGCACAUUCAUUGGCCGUCGCCAGCGAUCUCUCGAGUCGACUGCGACCACGUCCAUCGAUUUGGCGCACAGUAAAUGCAAGCUCAUGGGCGGCUCAAUCCGUGCCGGCCUUGCGGUGUAUAAGGACCACAUGCGCCAUGCCUUUCUCGAGUACGAUUUCACCACUCGCACCGCAAGUUGCAAGAUAAGGAACAAAUCUACACAGCUUGACCGAGUUUCAGAGGCCAGCAUGAUGAUCGAGGAGACUGCGGGAAUGCUGCACAUGAUGAUCGUUGCGUCUAGCGAGACGUACAGAUUCCUAGCGAAAGUGAAGGAUGGAGAAAAUGAGUGGAUGGAGCUUGGAAGCUGUGGAACGAAGGAACUGGCUACGCGCGAGAUGACAGGGCCGAUCUUUGGUUGCUUUGCUACUACAACGGCGCCGCAGGGUGAGCGUGGGGAGGUUGCUUUCGAGGCUCUUGUAGUUAGCACUGGGGAGAAGGAGAAGGAGAUAACCCCCAGAAUCUAGAUAGUAGUGAUCAUAUGAUAUAGCUUACUUUAGGAUAUGGUAGUCCAGGGACGACAGGAUUUCGUGCUUCGCAGCUUCACAAAC